GAAGGUGGGGGCGGGGGACCUGACAGAGACAGACGAGAAGGAGAAGAAGUGGAGGGAAGGGGUAGCGCAAAGGCUGAGGAGAGGCACGGCGGACGUGGGAAAUAACUUUUUCUUGUUGUGUCCCUGAGCUGCAGUGCGAUCCCCUUGUCUGCCGCGGACUCGGACUCCCGCACCAACAACUUUGUGUCCCGCUGCAGGAGGCGCCCCCUCAUCCCGGACUGAGCGCAGCCAUAGCCCUCCUCACGUUACUUGUACUGGAAAUACACGAGUUGGGAACCUCCCUUCCAUAGUGCGUGGAAGAGUCCCGGGGGAGGAAUCCCGCACAGAAAAGGACUUUCCCACUGCUCCACUGCGGGGGGUGGAGGAAAGAGCUCGACGCCCUCCUACUAGGGGAGGUGGGGCACAUUAAGAGCUGGGAAUAAUUUCGUGGACUCUUCAGCUGAGGGGUACGGGGGCAGCCGAGGUCAUCCUCCUGACAGCCUGUUGGUGUGUGUCAGGGGGGAGGCACUAUGCCUGUCAGGAAGCAAGACACCCAGCGCGCAUUGGACCUCUUGGAGGAAUAUCGCACCAGAUUGAACCAAACUGAGGACAAACAACUUGGGAGAUCUAUUGAGCGAGUAAUUGGUAUCUUUCAGAGUAACCUAUUUCAAGCAUUAAUAGAUAUACAAGAAUUUUAUGAAGUGACCUUACUGGACAAUCCUAAAUGUGUUCAUAACUCCAAGCCAACUGAACCAGUCCUGCCUGUGAAUACGUGGGAGUUUUCCAGCCUUCCCAGCACAACUGUAAUUUCCGAAACCUUGCCGAGCAGUCUAAAUCAGAGUGUAGAGAAAUAUCGGUACCAAGAUGAUGACGUCCUGUCUCAAGAGCCUAGCUCACCUCUCAACCUGAAUGAGGGUAGAAGUCCAGAGCUAGUUCAGAUCUCUGAGAAGAAUAUAUCUCAGAUAGAGAAUGUCCAUGGGCUUGUGUCUCACUCUCAUAUUUCCCCAUUAAAGUCCACAGACGCUGGUGCUCCUUGUCCUCCCAUUGUCCCUGUGAUCCCUGUUAUACCAGUCCCUGCUGAGAGCAAUGUCAUCCCAUCUUCCACUCCACAGGCGAAUCCUCCACCAGUGAUUGUAAACACAGAUAACCUGGACACUCAACCUUAUGUGAAUGGAACAGACGCAGAUUAUGAAUAUGAGGAAAUUACACUUGAAAGGGGAACUUCAGGGCUUGGUUUUAGCAUCGCUGGAGGAACAGACAAUCCACACAUUGGAGAUGAUACAAGCAUUUUUAUUACUAAAAUCAUUUCUGGGGGAGCAGCAGCUCAAGAUGGGAGGUUAAGGGUUAACGACUGUAUAUUACGGGUGAAUGAUGUAGAUGUUCAUGAUGUGGCACAUAGCAAAGCUGUUGAGGCAUUAAAGGAGGCUGGAUCUAUUGUUAGAUUAUAUGUGAGGAGGAGAAAACCGAUAACUGAGAAAAUCAUGGAAAUAAAGCUUGUUAAAGGCCCUAAAGGUCUUGGCUUUAGCAUAGCUGGUGGUGUAGGGAAUCAGCACAUCCCUGGUGACAACAGUAUUUAUGUUACUAAAAUCAUAGAGGGUGGUGCAGCACACAAAGAUGGCAAGCUUCAAAUCGGGGACAAACUUCUAGCGGUUAAUUCGGUGUGUUUGGAAGAAGUUAGUCAUGAAGAAGCUGUGACAGCUUUAAAAAAUACAUCUGAUUUUGUUUAUCUUAAAGUAGCGAAACCAACCACUAUGUUUAUGAAUGACAGUUAUGCUCCACCAGAUAUCACCAACUCGUAUUCUCAGCAAGUGGAUAAUCAUAUCAGUUCACCUGGAUAUCUUGGACAUCCUCUACCUCCAUCCCCUGGCCGAUAUUCUCCAGUCCCAAAAGGAAUGCUUGGAGAUGAUGAUUUAACACGAAAUGAUGGAGGCCCAGAUGGUGAUCAUACUGAAACAUGGGAACCACGGAAGAUCAUAUUACACAGAGGUGCCACAGGGCUAGGUUUCAACAUUGUUGGAGGUGAAGAUGGUGAAGGAAUCUUUAUUUCCUUCAUCCUUGCAGGAGGACCUGCAGAUUUAAGUGGAGAGCUCAGAAAAGGGGAUCGCAUUAUAUCGGUAAAUGGUGUUGAUCUCAGAGCAGCCACACAUGAACAAGCAGCAGCAGCGUUAAAGAAUGCCGGUCAGACCGUGACUAUUAUUGCACAGUACCGUCCAGAAGAAUAUAGUCGUUUUGAAGCUAAAAUACAUGAUCUAAGGGAACAAAUGAUGAACAGUAGUGUCAGCUCUGGUUCCGGAUCCCUUCGAACAAGCCAAAAACGAUCAUUAUAUGUCAGAGCCCUCUUUGAUUAUGACAAGACUAAAGACAGUGGCCUUCCGAGCCAAGGACUUAACUUCAAGUUUGGGGAUAUUCUACACGUCGUUAAUGCCUCUGAUGAUGAAUGGUGGCAGGCUCGCCAAGUCACUGCAGAUGGAGAAAGUGAAGAGAUAGGAGUCAUUCCUAGCAAGCGCAGGGUUGAGAAAAAAGAGCGGGCUAGGCUGAAGACUGUAAAGUUUAAUUCAAAAGCAAGAGGAGACAAAGGGCAGUCAUUCAAUGACAAGCGUAAAAAGAACCUCUUUUCCCGAAAAUUUCCAUUCUACAAGAACAAGGACCAGAGUGAGAUGGAAACCAGUGAUAUUGAUCAACAUGUAACCUCUAAUGCCAGCGAUAGUGAAAGUAGUUACCUAAUCUUGAUUACAGAUGAGUAUGGCUGUUCACAAGGUGGUCAAGAAGAGUAUGUUUUAUCAUAUGAACCGGUCAAUCAGCAAGAAGUCAAUUACUCCCGACCAGUAAUAAUUUUAGGUCCAAUGAAGGACAGAAUUAAUGAUGACUUGAUCUCUGAAUUUCCAGAAAAAUUUGGAUCUUGUGUCCCACAUACCACUCGACCAAAACGUGAUUAUGAAGUAGAUCGGAGAGAUUAUCACUUUGUCACGUCCCGGGAGCAAAUGGAAAAAGACAUUCAAGAUCACAAGUUUAUUGAAGCUGGGCAAUACAAUAAUCAUCUCUAUGGCACAAGUGUACAGUCUGUAAAGGAGGUGGCAGAAAGGGGCAAGCAUUGCAUACUUGACGUUUCUGGCAAUGCAAUAAAAAGACUACAGAUUGCUCAGCUCUAUCCAAUCUCUAUUUUCAUAAAGCCUAAAUCCGUGGAAAAUAUUAUGGAAAUGAACAAACGUUUAACAGAAGACCAAGCACGCAAGACGUUUGAGAGAGCUAUGAAAUUGGAGCAGGAGUUCACAGAACAUUUUACAGCUAUUGUGCAGGGAGACACACUGGAGGAAAUCUACAAUCAAGUGAAACAAAUAAUAGAAGAACAGUCCAGUACCUAUAUCUGGGUACCUGCAAAAGAGAAGUUAUGAGAUAAAAAGUGCUCAGUUCAGAGCCUCCAUCACUGCCUAUUGAUCAUACCCUUUACCUUUUCCCAUACGAACAGGCUCAAUUUAUGGGACUGUCCUAGCCACUUAUUUGCUGCCGUUCCUUUCAUAUUUUAUCUAAAUCAUUUUAAUAAUGUCACAAACAUUUUGUUACCAAUUUUUUUUUUUUACUUUUGAUUCCUUUUUUUUUUUUUUUUUUUGGAACGGCCGGACCAGUUAUUAAAGGUUAAAAUAAGUGGCAAAAAUUCCUUAAUGUUUAAGGGAAAAUGACACACAUUUUAAGAAAAAAAAAAAGCUUUAUAGACAGUUUUCAAAAAAUAAAUGAAAAUAAGUGGUCUUAACUUACAAUAUUGUGAGCAUCUUUGCACAGUUAUCUUUUAAUAGCAUGGUUUGGCCUAUGCAUUUCAUUCAUUAUACUGUUUUGACUUGAUAUGCCUCUCUGCAUAAGCAUUUUUAUUUUUUUUUGUCAAAUAUAAAUCCAUUGCCUGGCUGCAGUUUCAAUGCGUACCAUUCUUGGUUUUGCAUUCUGCUUAAAAAAAAUGUCCAGCAAUGGAAACAUUACUCUAAACCAUUGAAUGACAUUGUUAUAAAAUACAUUUUAGAGUUUCUUUGGUUUUUAUUCCCGCAUUAUUUGGUGUUAAAUUUUAACUUGAUUAAUUAUGUACAGGUAAUGCAAUUUAAAAUGUUUUUGACAUGGAUCACCUUUUUAAAAUGAGAUCGAAACUUCAGGUAAUUAACAUAGCCUUUUGAAGGUCCAGUCAUGUAUAUAGACACUACAGGAAAACAAAUGAGGUCUUCAUCUCACUUGUAGAAUUGGAUUCAUAGAAUUAAUGUUUAUUCUUAAAAUGAUAGAUUUUAAUAUUUUACCCACAGUAACUGCCUAUUUUGUUAUAAUAAAAUAUAUAUAGAAUUUUCUUUAAACUCUAUCAAUGGGAGUACUUUUCUUGCACACGCGCAUAUAUAAAUAUAAAAAAAAAUAUUUUUCUCUUUAUCACCUACAAUUUUCUUUUUCUUUUGGAAGAAGUAAGGUGUAUUGGAUCUUCCUUCCACACAAAUUUUGAACAAGACAUUGGUGGCUGUGUUAAUUGAUACAGAGUUAUUGAAGGUUAGCUGCUUAACUAAGCCUAGGCGUGUUCUCCUCUCUUCUGAAGGGUCCCUGGUGUGUUUAUUUUAUGUAAUGUGCAUGUUUUACCUGUGAUAUUUUUUAGCUAUAAUGGUCCUGAGUUUUUAUGUGCGUCUUCACUUCAUCUGCAUGUACCAUGUAAACGACACCCAUAUUUACAUUCACUCCAGUUUCUAAUGUUAAAAGAAGAAAGUUUUAAUGCAAAUGAUGGACUUGAAGAUUUACAUUGUCUGGUACUAAGUCAUUGCUUGUUUUUUGGAAUUGUUUAUUCAAGAAAUUAUAUAUGCUUCUGACAGCCUCAUUAAACGUCUAUAAAGGAACAUUAGUUUGUGAUGAGCAAGCAGCAUUAUUCAUUCCAUUUGUCAGAAAGAGGAGAACAGCUAAUAAAAUUUUAUUGAACAAUGAAAA